GAAGAAUUCCCUCUGGUCCAUGGAUCGACUUCCCCUAGUGGGGCAGCUCACGUGCCCGUUCAUCUCUUGCAGCGCCGCGCAACGCAGCGCAGCUAACACGUGGAACCCCCCGAAGCGCGGUAUCCGGGCGGUGAAGGGGUGAAGGUGGGGUGGGGGGUUUAGUGGGGAAAGGGAAGGUAGGUAGUAGCUUUCGGCGAGGGGGAGGCAUAUUAAAGCGGUCGGGGGUCUCUUCUUCCCACUUCUGCCCUCUGUCCUUCUACGCGCAAUCUCAUCCUGCACUUUGGGGCUCAAUAUCUGCGGAAUAUCGGUGUUUCAAAUCACACAAUCAAGAACUUUCGAUCUACGGAAUCAAGGACUUAAAACGAAAGACAGACACAAUGGUUGGACGACUUGCAGGCAAGAAUGCUAUCGUGACCGGUGCGGCGGGCGGUAUCGGCCUCGAAACCACGAUCCUCAUGCUCCGCGAGGGCGCCUCCGUCCUGAUGACUGACGUCAGCGGGCCGGGCCUCGAGAAAGCCCUCGCCAAGGUCCGCGAGGUCGUCCCCCAGCACGACGGCCGCGUCGAGACCCGCACCGUCGACGUCUCCAAGGAGAGCGAGAUCGAGGCCGCCGUCGCCCACCUCGACGCCUGGGGCGGCGUCGACGUCAUGUUCAACAACGCCGGCAUCAUGCACGCCCAGGACGGCGACAGCGAGCAGACCCCCGAGAACAUCUGGGACUUGACCAUGAACAUCAACGUGAAGGGCGUGUGGUUCGGGUGCAAGCACGCCGUCAAGAGUCUGCGCAGGCACGGCAAGAAGAAGGGCAGCGUGAUCAACACGGCGAGCAUGGUGGCGCUGGUCGGCGCCGCGACGCCGCAGCUGGCCUACACGGCUAGUAAGGGCGCCGUGUUGGCCAUGACCCGCGAGCUGGCGAUUGUGCAUGCUAGAGAAGGAUUCCGCUUCAACUCGCUGUGUCCUGCUCCUUUGAACACCCCCCUGUUGCAGGAUUGGCUCGGCGAUGACAAGGAGAAGCGCUUCCGCCGCGAGGUCCACUUCCCCACCGGUCGCUUCGGCGAGGCCAUCGAGCAGGCCCACGCAGUCAUCUUCCUGGCCAGCGACGAGAGCAGCUUCGUCAAUGCCGCUGACUUUGUGGUGGACGGCGGUCUCACGAAGGCCUAUGUCACCCCGGAAGGUCCCGCCACUGAGGCCCCCAAGAACCAGGCCUUUUAG